UGACAACUACAGUUAGAAGAUUACACACACCAGACUUAUUUUUUUCGGAUGACAAGUAUUGAAAAGAAAUAGUUAAAAGAGAAACAGCAAAUUCAACAUAAGUUUGACGUUUGCAGUCUUGUGGCGACCUUGUCCUGUCAGUCGGUGGAUUGAGUAACAAAGUUGGGUUGCAGGACGAUAGCUCAAACGACAAAUGCCGACGACAAGACGACAAAGGUCGCGCACAGAGACGCUGCACGCUUGUAAGCAGUCAAAAAGUGGUCACAUAAAACGGAAACCGAGUACCAGUAAGUCACGCUCAAGAAGUGGACGUGAAUGCCAGAAAGAGGAGUCACAGACAAGGAGUGGGUGCGAAUAUCACCCAGCCGAGUCAAGGACUAGGAGUAGGAGAAAGAACCACCAAGCUAAGUCAAGGGCUAGGAGUAGGAGCAAGAACCACCCAUUCGAAUCACUCUCAAGCAAUGGAAUUAUAUACUUUCCUGCCGAAUCGUGCUCAAGGAGUAGGCGUGAACAAGAUAUGGCGAAUUCUCGCACGAACAGUCGGCAUGGGAACGGUUCAGAUGAGUCACGCACGAGAAGUGGGUGUAAGUUUCAUUCAUUAGGAGGAGAUGAUAAUUUCGAAGAAAGAAGAUCACUGCGUUCUUCAAAUCGCAAGAUAAAAGCUGCACUAGCACAGGAAUUAAAGAAGCGAAUUGCUGCCAUUCCCAUUAAAGACCGGCAAGUGCCCGAGACAGACGAUCUGAGAUUUCUAGGUAUGGAAUUAAAACUUCGUUUAGCAACCAAUUGUGAUAUAAUCAGCGAAAUUGGAAGGCGAGGCGGAAAGGUUAACGUUAUGACUAUAUAUAGCACACACAGAUUUAUACCUAUAUGGGAAAUAAACAAACAGCAGGAACCGUCAUUGCUUUGUGAGGUCAAGGUCAAGGUCAAGCCUAAAAGACUUCGAAAUCAUUUUUAAUAAACUGUGCUUCUGAAUUAA